CUGGUCAAACAUUUGGAUGACGUUUCAUAUCCGUGUGGACAGAGAAAAUGGCAGAAGUGGCUGAGUCAAGUAAACCGAUGUUUGCAGGUCUGUCAGAUGUGUCCAUUUCAGGGGACAUCCCUGUUGAGGGGGAGAUCAAUGUCCCUGUUGGAACCCCGAGUCAGGACAACGAAUACUCCACACUGGAUGAACCUGUCAAAGACACCAUAUUGCGAGAUCUGAAAGCAGUGGGGAAAAAGUUUGUUCAUGUGAUGUAUCCUAAGAAGAGUUCAGCGCUACUGAGAGACUGGGACUUGUGGGGCCCAUUAUUGCUCUGCGUGACACUGGCUCUGAUGCUGCAGGGGGGUUCAGUUGACAGUAAGGAUGACGGAGGGCCCCAGUUCGCGGAGGUGUUUGUGAUCAUCUGGUUUGGAUCUGUCAUCAUCACACUGAACUCCAAGCUGUUGGGAGGCACCAUAUCUUUUUUCCAGAGCCUGUGUGUGCUAGGCUACUGCAUUAUGCCUCUGACUGUGGCAAUGGUUGUCUGUAGGCUAGUGCUGCUGGGUGGGUCUGGGACGGUCAGCUUCAUCGUCCGACUAAUUGUGGUCACAGCAUCAUUCAGUUGGUCCACGUUUGCUUCUACAGCUUUCUUAGCAGAUAGCCAGCCUCCCAAUCGCAAAGCUUUGGUGGUGUAUCCCGUCUUCCUCUUUUACUUUGUCAUUGGAUGGAUGAUUCUCACGUUCUCACCGUCCGCGUAACAGUGGACUUAUCUCUAAACUGAACUUAACACAAUCCUUUUGGAAUAGAAAGAUACAAAUCAACACCUUGCCAUUUGUGAAAGCUGAGGACUGUGGAGUGUUGGGAGUACUUUUGGUGGAAAACAUUGUGCAUGUUCCUUUGGCGCAACAAGGAAAAUGAGAUAUUGACCAUAGUGCACAAUGCUUUGCCUCUUUCUCUUUUUUGUGUCUCUAUUAUUGCUAAGCUUAGCUAAGAAAUAGAGUACAAUGAACAAAAGUCAAAGUGAGUCCCUAUAAGGAUGUCAGAAAAGCCUAUCUGCUUGAUUUAACAAGCUCUCUGUGUCUCACAUGAAGAGAUAACUUAUCUCAAUUGUUUCCUGCCUUGUAAAUUAUCUUACAAUUCCAACUAAGGUUCCUACACUAAGCACAUUCCUCACUGUGAUAUUAAUAAUUCAUCAUAACAUGUAGUCUAGCAGGAACAAAGGGGACCAUGAAAUCUAUAUUGUAUGUUUCAUGGUCUAUUGCCAUUUACCUAUCCCACUGAUGAAUAUGUGAUGCCAGUAUGUACACUGUGCCUCACUACAGGCUACUGCAUAUGCCCUAUCACUCAAACAUUGCUUGGAAGGUUUCUGUUUUAUUUAGGAAUAAGUUAAUUGUUUUCAAGUAUUAUUAUCUUAUUCAGAAGGUAGGAUUUGAUUAUCCGCAGAUAGUAGGUGGCAGUGUUGCUCGAUUUUCAUAUGAGCAACCUAAAAAUGAUGUAGGUGGCUGUAGUGUACAUUUUCUACUUUUUUCUUUCAAAUUAAUUUUUCCUUGGGAAAGUUAUGUUAAUAUAUAUAUUUAUACAUUUCCUGUUCUCUCUCAAUAAUUGAAUGUUAUUCUAUUAAAACAGAAACGCUGUGGGGGAAAAACAAUGGUACCCUCCAAAACCUGA